GUCGGGGACCUAGGAGGCAAUGUCAAGGAUUUGCGUGAUGCAGUGCAGCAGACCUGGCGUCUGAUGCUGCGGACAGAUGGCGAAAUGCCACGCAUCUACUUUUACACCAGUGGCAAGAAUGAGGAACACAUCGCAUACAUCCUCGAAAAAUCGACUGACACCGCUCCGCCUUUGCUGUCGCCUGCCCUGGCAAAGGUCAGCUGGUUGCCAGCGGCUUUGCAGCAGUGGACAGGAGGCAGUCCGCGACUCUUGGUCUACAGUUUUCGGGCUCUGCAUCACUUGCAUGCAAGUAGGAAUGAGCUUUUCGAAAAUGCAGAGCUGGCCAUGGAUGCAGUUUAUAAGAUCCUGAAGCAAGUGCGGGCAGUGGCCAGUGAGGUGUUUCUGUCGGAGCCGGAUGAGACUGAGUGGCGCCAGACGUGGCUGUACUUGAUCCUGUUGGCCCAGCUGCGUGUGCCCUGCCAUCGUGAGACGAAACUGCCGGUGGGCGACGAAGAACACAGCCUGGAGCUCUUGCUGGGCCGCUUGAACGUUUAUAUCACACCUGGACCAAUGAACGAUACGCCAGAUGCUUUGUACAUUUCUCACAUGCAGAUGAUUGAUAAGUUUGUGCGAGACACAUACAAUUCAGAUUGCCGAUGGGCGGUGAAGCCACAGGAGUCAGUGCUGAAAACCUUUUGGAACGGAUGGUGGAACAACGAAUAG